AUGUUCUCUGGGUCCAACUCGUACUUAGGGGGUGGGAACAGUGCCCGACCGGGGCAGCCUCAGUAUGGGCAGCAGCAGCAACAGCAGCCCUUCCAGCAGCCCGGCGGCUUCCAGGGCGGACUGGCACCUCAGCCGACGGGCUUCGGAGGAGGGCCAAUGCAGCCAAUGCAACAACAGUUUACUGGCUUCCCGGGCCAGCCGCAGGGCUUCGGACAGCAGCCGCAACCGCAGCAACCGCAGUACACGGGCUUCCCAGGGCAGCAGGGCCAGCAAUUCCAGCAGCAGCAGCAGGCUCCCCAGCAGAUGCCCUUCCAGACUGGCGCGCCGCCGCAACAGCAGCAACAGCAACCGCCUGCCCAACCGCAGCGGCCGCAGCCCACAGGCAUGACAUCGGCGCAGAUGGCUGAUUCAUUCCGCGGCAACUCUGCGUCUUCCGUGCCACCGCCCGUCCCGGCCAAGAGCAGCAAAAUCCCGAGCAUAAGGCUUUCCUUCAUCACGGCGCAAGACCAGGCCAAGUUCGAGCAGCUGUUCAAGUCGGCCGUGGGAGACUCCCAGGCCCUGUCUGGCGACCAGGCGCGGGAUCUCCUGAUGCGCUCCAAGCUGUCUGGGGACGCGCUUUCGCACAUCUGGACCCUUGCGGACACGACCAAGUCUGGCCAGCUCCUCUUCCCCGAAUUCGCCCUCGCCAUGUACUUGUGCAAUCUCAAGCUGACCGGAAAGGAUCUGCCCAACUCCCUUCCCGAGCGAGUCAAGAAUGAGGUCUCUAGCAUGGUGGACAUUAUAUCGUUUGGAGUCGUGGACGAAUCGUCGAACCGCCAAACGCCGGCAAGCAAUGCUCCGAAGUUCGAGCCUCCUACGAUUCAGCAGCCACAGCCACAGCCUUCGAACAGCCAGUUGCUGGGCUCUUUAGCCCCACAGCCGACUGGCUUCGGACAGCAACCAACAGGCAUGCAACCACAGCCUACCGGUUUCGGCCAGCAGCCCACGGGUAUGCAGCCACAGCCCACUGGCUUCGGACAAGCUCCAGGUGGUUACAACGGACCACGUCCGCCGAUGCCUCCCAUGCCCACUGGCUUCGGCUCAAACCUUGCGCCCAACCAGACCGGCAUGGCUCCUCUCAACGCUCAGCCCACGGGCAUGCCUGGUCAGUGGGGCCUAGCGAACACCCCUGCCACCGGACUACCAAACAUCGAGGCUUUGGCGCAACGAAUGAUGCCCCAGACGGGCCGAGAGGGCGGCAACCAUACGACUGCUGGUUUGACCGGUAACGCGACAAUUCCGUGGGCUAUCACAAAGGGAGAGAAGAAGCUGUACGAUGACACCUUCAAGGCCUGGGACGGCAUGACCAAGGGAUACAUUAGCGGAGCGCAAGCUCUUGAGAUCUUUGGACAGAGUGGAUUGCCCAAGCCAGAUUUGGAGCGCAUAUGGACACUUGCCGACUCUGCUGACAGGGGUCGUCUUGAUUUGGACCAAUUCGCCGUUGCCAUGCAUUUGAUCUACCGUAAGCUCAACGGCUAUCCCAUUCCAGCCCGUCUCCCCCCGGAGCUGGUACCCCCUUCUACGCGCAACAUCAAUGACUCUAUUGGCGCAAUGAAGAACUUGCUGCGUGGAGAUGCCGAGGACAGGAAGAACUCUGGUGCCUUCCUCCAGCCCCAGCGCACUGGUGUCAGCUACUUGAAGUCUCACUCGUUCCGUGCUGGUAGCCCACAAGCUGGCGGCCGAAAGGAUGCUACGGUAUUCCGUAACAAUGACGAUAACGUAGGCUACAAGUCGAGCGCCAGACAUCGCCUCGGGGGUGGUGGUCGCUCGCCUUCACCAGCGCAGCCGGCUUCACCAUCCUCUGAACGGUCUGAUGAAAUGUCCCUUGAUCAGCUCAGGAAGUCAGUCAAAGAGAAGCAAAUCUUGUUGGAUGCCAUGGACACACAAGACGAGAAUGCCGCUGACGAGGAUGAUGCGCUCGACCGUCGAGAUCGCCGAGAGGCUGAAGAUCUCUAUCGCCGCAUUCGCAGGGUACAAGAAGACAUUGAUGCUCACCCUAAGGCUUCCUUGAGAUCAACUGACUCGGAUGCGGAGCGUCGUGCCCUGAAGCGCCAACUCCAGACCUUGACUGAUCGCCUGCCUGAACUUGCGUCCAACGUGCGCCGAACUGAGCGUGAGAUCGCAGACGCCCAGCUCGAGCUCUUUAGACUCAGAGACGCCAAAGCGCAUCCCGGAUCUGCAUCUACCAUCGUGGGCACUGGACCUGGCGGUGCCGUAACUGAAUCGGAUCGCUUGAAAGCCCGCGCCAAGGCCAUGAUGCAAGCACGCUCUGCUGCCUUGACAGGAAGGCCUGCUCCUGCCAGUGAUGACACUGGCGCAGCAACCGAGCGCUUAGAAAAGGAAACUUCGCGCAUCCGAGCAGAAAGAGAGAACAAUGAACGCAUGAUCCGCGACGUCGAAGACAGCGUGAACGAAUACACGAGGGGCCUGGAGUCAAGCCUGAAAGAGGGAGGACACGACAACACAAGCGAACACGAACGUCGUAGAUGGGAGGAGGCUCUGGGUGUUGAAGAUGACGUUAAGGACUUCAUCUUUGAUCUACAGCGCAGCAGUCGCGCUUCGCGAAUCCGUAAAGACGAUUCGUCUCGCGACAACUACAGGUCUAGAUCAGCUGCUCGUGUAGAGGACAACCGACCAUCGUCAUCACGCUAUGAGAGUCCGGCUGGUCGUGUCGAGCCCCCUCCUCGCGCAUCAACGACUACGCCCGCCGGUGGCUCGUACUCGGCAUACAAGACUCCAGAGGAGCGUGCGGCCUUCAUCAAACAGCAGGCUGAGCAGCGAAUGGCCGAGCGUCUGGCUGCUUUGGGCAUUAAAGCUCCAGUAAAGGCUGGCGAGACACCCCAGCAGCGUGCCGACCGUGAGAAGAAGGAACGUGAAGAGAAGCUACGCCAGGCUGAAGAAGAGGAUGCGCGUCGUGAGGAAGAGCGCCAAAGACGUCUCAAUGACGAAUCUGCAGCACCGCCCGCUCCAUCCAAGAGCAGUGGUAAGAAGCCAGCGCCCCCACCGCCAGCUUCGCGCAAGAACAAGAACGAGAUUGCGCAGCACGACGUUCAGCAAGCGGAAGCAGAGUCGAAGAAGGCAGACAACGACAUGGCUGAGAAGGCUAUCCGCGAACAGCAGGAGGCCCAAGAGGCCGAGACGAAGCGCAUGGAGGAUGAGGAACGCAGACAAGAGGACGAAUUGGCCAAGGAGCGCGAGUCUGCUUCAGCCAGACUUCGCGCCCUGGAAGAGCAAGUCCAGCAGGGCAAACUCAAGAAGGCCGAAGAGAAGAAACGUAGAGCGGCUGCUUCCAAGGACGCCAAGGAGAAGGAGUCCCGACUGGCUGCUCAGCGUGCGGAGAUCGAAGCUGCUCGUGAACGCGAACGUCAGCUACAGAUGCAGCUUGAGGCGCUCGACGAUGACGAGUCGUCGGAUGAUGAUGGCCCUCAAAACAUCACGCCUCAAGACACCACCCCUACCGCCAGCCAGGAGUUGCCGCGUGACACUGCACCUCCUCAAGCGCCACCAAUGCCCCAGAUUUCGCACAACACACCACCCUCAUCUAUCGCCAGCCCGCCUACGUCCUCGGUGACUAGUCCUCACCCCGGCAUGGGCGACACUGAAACCAAGAACCCGUUCUUGAAGAAGAUGGCCAUGUCCAACCAGGAGAACAGCACUGUCUCUACACCUCCACCCCCACCCAGCAACACGAGCGAGGUUUCCACGAACCCCUUCCACCGUCUGACACAAGAGAAUGCCAACAAGGCUGCCAUGCCUACGUUCAACGAGCCCGCCGCACCUUCAGCGCGCAGAUUGGGAAGGCAAGACGACGAUGACUGGUCCGUUGUCGACUCAGAUGACGAUUCGUCCGACGACGACGAAGCCCCGACUCAAGGUGGAGCCAAGCAGCUAGCCUCCAUGCUCUUCGGCACCAUGGCACCACCGCGCCCUCUCUCCUCCAUGGACAAUAAGAGCCCACGUGCCGAGAGCCCAGCCGUGACAUCGCCUCCAGCAGGCAUCCCCCCACCUCCACCAAUGCCCUCGAACGGUGCACCUCCGCCUCCACCUGGCCCGCCGCCACCUCCGGCUGGUGGAGCACCACCGCCACCCCCAAUGCCUAGCAUGAAGGCCCCGGGUGGAGCACCAAACCGUGGAGCUUUACUUGGUGAGAUCACUGCGGGUAAGGGAUUGAGGAAGGUGGAGACUAAGGACCGCAGCACGGCUUCUACUGCUGGUAGGGUUUUGGGUUAG